UGACUCUACGUCAUCACUCCGUCUGAGCAGGGAGGCUAAUGCUGCUGUAUCCUCGGUCGCUUCCGCCGAUGUAAACAUGUAGACGUUUCCUUGGUGUAACCGCUCUACCACCAGGCUGUGUUUUUCCUUGUCAACCGGUUCGUCAGUGGUCCCAGUAACGAUGGCUGUGCCGCUGAAAAUAGCCGUUUCGGAACCAGGGCAGCGCUGUGUUAGCUUGUUAACUAGCUAACACUGAAUGGCUAACUAACUAUCGGGCCGUGUUUGUGUGAGGCUGGCCUUGCUAAUUAGACAGCUAGCUAGCUUUACCUUGGAAGCCACGAACGGCUACAUUGGAGUUGGCCAAACAAAAAGGGGAAUGGCAGCUAUUAUCUAACGAGGACGCACUAAGAAGUGGAGAAACACAAUGAUGAGAUCCAGAAAUGUCGGUGCUUCGUCGCCAGUGAAUGGAAAGCAAGACUGGGACACCAGAAGGAAGAGGAAAAUUGCGGACAUCACGCAGGCCCUCAGUGUGAGUCCGGUGGAUGUGGCAACUCUGAGGAGGAUGGCUAUCAGUGAAGGAGGACUGCUGACUGAUGAGAUACGCUGCCAGGUCUGGCCCAGGCUUCUCAACGUCCCCCCGGACGUCUUGGAUCAAGAGCCAGAAACAGUAGAGCGGGAAAAUAACAAGGACUACAACCAGGUGUUGUUGGACGUCCAGCGCUCACUGCGGAGGUUCCCACCUGGUAUGCCAGACGAGCAGAGAGAGGGUCUUCAGGAAGAGCUAAUUGACAUCAUCCUCAGAGUUCUGAAACGUAACCCACAGCUGCACUACUACCAAGGAUACCAUGAUAUUGUUGUCACCUUCUUAUUGGUCCUGGGAGAGCGCCUAGCGACUGCUCUAGUGGAGAAGCUAUCCACACAUCACCUCAGGGACUUCAUGGAUCCCACCAUGGACAACACAAAACACAUUCUUAACUAUUUGAUGCCCAUCAUUGAAAGGGUCAACCCUGAAGUGCAUGACUUCAUGGAACAGGCAGAGGUGGGGACCGUCUUUGCUCUCAGCUGGCUGAUCACCUGGUUUGGCCAUGUCCUGUCAGACUUCCGCCAUGUCGUACGGUUGUAUGACUUCUUCCUGGCCUGCCAUCCACUGAUGCCCAUCUACUUUGCUGCUGUGAUCGUGCUGUACAGAGAGGAGGAGGUGUUGGAUUGUGAAUGUGAUAUGGCCAUGGUUCAUCACCUCCUGUCUCAGAUUCCCCAGGAUCUGCCAUAUGAGACACUGAUCAGCCGGGCAGGAGACCUCUUUGUCCAGUUUCCUCCCUCUGAACUUGCAAGAGAAGCUGUCUCGCAUGAAAGCACGGCAGCCUCUACCUUUAAAGACUUUGACCUUGCGUCCACUCAACAACGACCAGACUCAGUUCUCCGUCGUCGACGCAAACAAAAACAGGCUGCGCUGGAGAGCUCAGCAGUGAACUCUGUGGUGACGGUGGCCCAACCGUCAGCAGCCAGGCGGUUUGUUCGAUUGGCAGUCAUGGGUCUGACGGUGGCUUUAGGGGCAGCGGCUCUGGCUGUGGUCAAUACUGCUCUGGAGUGGGCCCCUAAACUGGACUUAUUUCCUUGAACUGCUUCUCUUUUACCCCUACACUGCUUGACUGAAAGAAGCUGGCAGGUCUGUUUCCAAGAACCAUUUAGCCAACUAAACCACAAACCAGAGUCUGCAACACCAUUUGGAACAUACUCUAUAAACUGAACCACUUAACGCUCCUCUUUCAUCUUGUUGGAUGUGUCUAAACAUCCCACUCUUCUUAGGGCUUGUAAGGCCACUGCUGUGGGGCCUUUUUAUGAUACCUGAAGAGUGUGCACCAGUGUAACAGCUGCUGGUAUUCUGAAAUGAAGAAUCCUUCCGGUUACAAUGAAGAGACUAUUUCUAAACACUAUUAUGGAUGGUGUCAUCAUUAAAGUUAAUUUAUAUUUCAUAUUAGGAUAAUCUGAUUAUGAGUUAUGCUCACUGAGAUUAUGCUGAAAGCUUGGUGGACUCACAACACUUGAAACUGCUGCCAAUUUUGAAAGCUGGAGUGAAUGUACAAGUGCGUGCGAGCGUGUGUGUCGUCGCAACCCAUUCGUUGUCUAUUUGAUACCCGGACUGAGACCAAAUAGAGGAUUAAUAGAAUCCUCUCUUUGUAUAAUUUACUGUUUCUUAAUUUUGAGGUAUGUAAGUAAUUGUAUAGCAACAUGACACACAGGCACUUUUAGGGUCACCAUCUUUAGGUAAUUUUGUCCUCUAUCUGAAAUAGGUUUUUUUUUUGUCAUGUAAAAAAAUACAGAUUUGUCUUUGGGAUCCAUAUCACCAGGUGUCACCUUUGACAUACAUUUGGUUGUGGCUCGUGGCUGGGGUCAGUUAUCUGUUGGUACAAAAUUCCGAAAUGCAAUUGGUGUUAAUGAAGUAAAUGUAAUAUAGCCUACUUGAGACUUAUUUUUGUAUGUCCAAAUGUAAAUCUAAGGAUUAGCCCCUGUGAUAGCAUACAGUUUACACAGUCCAGAAAACGAACAAUCAACCAUAUCAGAACGGUUUAUCGAGAGCUCUCGAAUUCCUUAAAUGUUUGGUCUCACAACCUUGAAAUGUGUCUGUGUUUCGUUGCCCCGAACGGCUAUUUUCUGUGUUAGUUUUUCUGGAGUAGAUGGUCAGAUCUCUCCUUAUAAACUAUCAGAAGUGGAAUAAGUAAGUAAAAUCAAGCGUAUACCUAGUGUUUGGAUAGGCACAGUGGCGUGUCUGAUUUGCACUGACUGCAUUAGUUUUUUUUUUACUUUACCAUUUGUUUGAUAGGUGCUUUGCUCACUACUACUGAAAGGGUGCCGAAAAAAAGGGCCUAAACCUGCAGAAUAAUGCUGUAUAGUAUUUUUGUUUUAAACAUGACUUCUGCUUUAUUUGAGCACAUGCCAUUUAGUAAAUUGGAUGAGCAGCAUUUGCAUUUCUGACGCAGUCCAAUGCAUUUUAAUGGAUCAGUAAUUUUCAUUCAAUCACAUAUUUCAAUAGAGGCUUUGAUAGGUUUCAGUGAUUUGGCACUCAACCAAACACCCUAGUCUUUACAGAAACUACACAGCUUAGUUACAGUUUGUCAGAGAACAUCGAGAGCGUCUUUUUAAGAUGGUGAAUUUGGAUUGUCUGUGAUCUUUAUUAUGUAUUCUCACAAUUACUGACUUGAGUUCUAGGUCACCUACACAAGACUUCUCAGUUAAGUUGAAGUUGUCAAAGUGAUGUUGAGAUGCUGUUUUUGCUGCGGUAUAUUCCAAACUGAACACUAUUCCUGCAUUAAGAGUGAUUUAGUUUAAUGCCUUUACAGUGAACCCCUGAUUCUGCUGGUAAAGGAUCUAUGAACUGAUCAAACUGAAGGUGACCUGGCACAUGCCCAGAUAUGCUCUUAGGUUCCUGAGAGCAUAGUUGUUCAGUAUUGUAAUGCACCACAUGUCCGCACUCAGUGGUAUUCAUUUAUUGUCAUUGCACUAAAUGAUUUAUCUGCCUUUUAUGUUUAUUUUGUUAUAACAAAACUGUCAUACUAAUGUAAAGUUGUACAAGAGAAUGCUAAUAAACUAGUGAAAAUGUUGAA